AUGUUGCAGCUCUGGGAAAUCAGGGAGGAGUGGAUCUCAGCCUAUUUCAAGAACGUCUUCUGCGCAAGAAUGACAUCUACUCAGCGCUCAGAAAGCAUGAAUGCAUCCCUAAAGCGUAGUCUGUUAAAUGAGAAGCUCAGUCUGAACCGUUUUGCAGAACAAGUUACCAAACUAAUAUUACAAAGGAGACAGGCAGAAAAUUUAAAGACAUAUGCAAUACAGUCAAAAACAAAUAAGAGAACCCAUUAUGGAUUUGAGCAUCAAUUCCAGCAACUUUAUACGAAGACUGUUUUCAAAGAGUACCAGGCUCUGCUGAAGAAAAGCACACUCUUCCGCAUAAAACCAAACCCAGACUACCCUGAACUUGAUGAGUACAAUUAUCUGGUGACCUAUCACCAACCAACGACCGACUUUUCUUGGUCAAACCAUCAGUUCAGAGUACUUGCAGAUCCUAUUGGAGGCGAAUACAGACUGUUCUGCCUACAUGUUUUAUGCCUGCUGGACCACCUGAGGGUUGAUAGCAUUCCAGUCAGUUACAUACUAAGGAGGUACACUAAUGGAGCGCGACAUAGAGGAACUUUUGAUAGGAGAGAUUACAAGACACAAGCUUCUGAUGGAACCUCGUAUCUGUACCAGCAGAAUGAAGUACUACAGCUGGCUAUGAAAGUUGUUAGGAAAGCAACAUGCUCAGAAGAACAGCGGGCAAGAGCAAAAGUUGGUCUGCAGUCACUUUAUGACGAACUUGAUGCAAUGGGUUCGUCAACACCAGAUAAUGAUGAAGAUGGUUCAGGCCAGUGCCCAGAUAUUGAUGAACAUAUCCCGAUUGUCCUAACCAAGCAAGAUAAUCAGCUCGACAACGAUGGUAACAGUAUGCCGCAGAGGGUUAUACUACCACCACCUAAGUCCAAAACUAAAGGAAGCAGGAAUAAGGAACCUGGUGGCUCUAAACCUCCAGGAGCUAUGAAGAAAAAGGUGCAGAAGACUGUGAAGAGGGAAGGGAAGAACACUUCAGUAUAUGCAAGCUGA